AUGACGACCUUGAUACCGAGACAGUUUUACUCGCAGGAAGAGCUCGAGAAGCUUUAUCCGAAGGAGCUUGAGCUGCAGCUAGUACAAAUUACUGGACUACCGCCUUACUGGCCCUACUGCAACUCUGCCCGCCAAUUGACAAGCGUAAUCCUAAACACCAAGGACUUUUCCAAAUGGAACCAGCUCAAGUACCGACGCAGACUGGAAACCUUUGGCACCGACGAUGGACCUGUCAUCGCAUCUGGCCCUAUGGGCGAAUUCGAUGCCAUAUGCCAACCCGGUGAACUUACAGACAAGGGCCGAGAAACUACUUUAGCUCUUGGGGAACGCCUACGCCACCUAUACGUUGACCAACUCAAGUUCAUGCCGAAACUCAUUUCAGAUAGCGACAUGAUCUACCUGCGUGCAACUCCAAUCCCACGUGCUCUGGAAUCGGUUCAACAAGCGUUUUGGGGGUUCUACCCACCAUCUGCACGUACAGCUGAUUUUCCUCCUCCAACAAUCAUCACCAGGACACCUGCAGACGAAACACUGUUCCCCAAUGACGCAAGCUGUAGGCGUUUCGCUCAACUCAGCCGUGCGUUUGCACAACGUGCAGCCGAUAAGUGGAAUGACACGGAUGAUAUGCGUUAUCUCACAAAAGUUCUUUCCAAAUGGAUGCCUGGCGAGCAAAAGGUAGCCGUGGAUUCCCACCCAAGACUCUCUGGCAUUAUGGAUACCCUAAACGCGACCGAUGCUCAUGGCCCAGAGACCAAAUUGCCAAAGGAGUUCUACGACCCCAAGGCACGCUCAAUCAUUGAUAAGAUCGCCGUCGAAGAGUGGUACCAGGGCUAUAAUGAGUCUUCUGAAUAUCGUAUGCUCGGUAUCGGCGGUCUAAUGGGCGACAUCACCUCCCGAAUGGUCGGCUGCGUUGAGCACAAUGGAAACUCUGGCAUUGUCGAAGUCGGCGGCGUAGACGGAAAACUGGGCAAAGGCCGCGGCGGUGAAACUGACAUACGCUUUGCCAUGUCCGGAUGCCACGAUACGACUCUAGCCGGCAUGCUGACCUCGCUGGGUGCUUUUGACGGCGAGAAAUGGCCCCCAUUUACGUCCCACAUAGCCGUUGAAAUGUUCAGGAAGCGAGGCAGCGAUAACCUCGCACUACCCUCUCUACCAGAUCAAAAUCCCGCUUCCAAGAGUCAGAGCUGGUGGUCCUCCCUCUUUGGCAGCACAAAGACGUCAAACUCCAGUCCCGCUCCUGAAGGCAUAGCCCGCAAACCUAUUACAGAGCUGUCACCGGCUCAACGCGAGAAACUCAACAAUUACUACGUCCGCCUACGGUACAACGACAAGGUCAUGCAGAUUCCAGGAUGCAAGGCAGAGGGAAAGCAUCUACCUGGCGACACUACGUUUUGUACACUCGACGCUUUCAAGGCUAUUGUGGAUAAAUAUACGCCUAAGAACUGGAAGACCGCGUGCACUUCUAGACUUGAUGCGCCUGCUUUCCCCGAGAAGCCUGAGCCUGCUGGGUUUGAGUAGAGUGGGGGACUUGGACUGGGGUAUAGAUGUCUGUCAUCUUGUCUGGAGAAAUGGUCAGCUUUGAUGUUGCAUUAUGGUCACCAAGUUGAUAUUCGUCGCCAACUUACGCAUACAUACACACGAAGAAACGGGGAAAGAGUCAAUAUUGAGAUAUAGAACAUAUAGACGUACUCAUACACGUAGAACGCAAAGCAUACACACAUACACGU